ACACUCCUGAUGCAUCUUUGCAAAUAGAAAGCAGGUGAAGAGCAGCCACUCGCAGCAGCAGUACCACAACAGCAGAUUACACCCUUUAUCCCUCUGGAUCGCUAGUGGGCAAAGAUGAACGGCACUGAGGGAAACAACUUCUACGUCCCCUUGUCCAACAGGACAGGUCUAGUGAGGAGUCCUUUCGAGUAUCCGCAGUAUUAUCUAGCUGAACCAUGGCAGUUUAAAGUGCUUGCUGUCUACAUGUUCUUCCUCAUCUGUUUUGGUUUACCCAUCAAUGGCCUUACAUUGGUGGUUACAGCUCAACACAAAAAGCUCAGACAACCUCUCAACUUCAUUUUGGUUAACCUGGCUGUGGCUGGUUCCAUCAUGGCUUGUUUUGGAUUCACGGUCACUUUCUACACAGCUAUUAAUGGCUACUUUGCUCUGGGACCAACUGGCUGCGCGAUUGAGGGCUUCAUGGCCACACUUGGAGGUGAAGUUGCCCUUUGGUCACUUGUGGUGCUGGCCAUCGAAAGAUACAUUGUGGUCUGCAAACCAAUGGGUAGUUUCAAAUUCUCUUCCAGCCAUGCUUCUGCAGGAAUUGCUUUUACAUGGGUAAUGGCCAUGGCAUGUGCAGCUCCCCCUUUGGUUGGCUGGUCCAGAUAUAUUCCUGAGGGAAUACAGUGCUCAUGUGGACCAGACUACUACACCCUGAAUCCUGAAUACAACAAUGAAUCAUAUGUCAUCUACAUGUUCGUCUGCCAUUUUAUAUUGCCGGUCACUGUAAUAUUCUUCACCUACGGACGGCUUGUUUGCACAGUCAAGGCGGCUGCAGCUCAACAGCAGGACUCAGCAUCUACCCAGAAGGCUGAGAGGGAAGUGACAAAAAUGGUCAUCCUGAUGGUUUUGGGUUUCCUAGUGGCUUGGACUCCUUAUGCCACUGUUGCUGCCUGGAUCUUCUUUAAUAAGGGAGCAGCUUUCAGUGCCCAGUUCAUGGCUGUUCCUGCCUUUUUCUCAAAGAGCUCAGCCUUAUAUAACCCUAUCAUCUAUGUGCUGCUAAACAAACAGUUCCGGAACUGCAUGCUGACCACACUUUUCUGUGGAAAGAACCCUCUUGGCGAGUCUUUUUCACAUUCAUGUCGUCUAAGUGUCACUCAUCGAGCAUUGACACAACUGACUCUAAAAGGAUUACGAGAUCAGGCUCUGGUAGUAGGAAUGGCAUUGACUUCUCAGUGGGCACGACUCAACAAGAUAAAGAUAAGACAAAGAUCUGCUUAA